AUGACUUUGGUCGCUGACGCGUUGGAUAACGUGACAGAUUUAGCUAUUGUUGGCUGCGAUGGAUGUUUUUUUUUUGCUACAACAAUGAUUGUUUUUAAAGCAUACACAUUUAGUCUUUCUUAUGACGAAAUUUUAAGGAUCAUUGAUCAUGUCCACGAUCCAAUCCAUAUACUUUCAAGAACAUCUGAUUUUGGAAUAACAAUAAGUAUAAGAAACUGUAUAUUUCGAGAAAAAUUGGAAAUAUCAUUUUUCUGUGUGUCGUGUAGUUUGUUUGCGAUUCUAUUUUUGGUUCCACCAGAAAAAGGUGCGAUACCAAUACGAAGUGUUUAUCCAUUUGACACUGACAAAUCUCCUAAUCACCAACUUGUUCUGUUGCACCAGUCUUAUAUAAUUAUAUACUCACUUACUGUUUUGAUCGCAAUGGACGCGAUGUCUGUGGGAUUCAUUAGAUGGUCAACGAUACAAAUUCAAGUAUUAACGUCGAAUUACCAAAAUUGUAAUGUUCAUUCAAUAAGACGUGCAGUGUUAAUUUCUCCAUUAUUAACUACCGAAUCAGUAAAGAUAGAAAAUAAAUUCAAUAACAUUAAAAAAUAUGAUGAAGACACAGAAAUAUGUGAAUUUUUGCCAUUUUAUUAUAACGAAAUAGAGAACAUUGUUGAAGAUUCAUUUUUCGCGCGAUUCAAAACGUGCAUAAUAAAUCAUCAGAGAAUUAUUGGAAUGAUUAAUGGACUUAAUGAAAUAUUUAGCUCAUCAAUGUUGGUUCAAUUUGCAACAAGUACUACUAUUAUUUGCCUUAGUGGAUUCCAAUUGGUUGUGAAUACAAAUGACACAUCGAUGUUCAUCAAAUUUUCAUCAUAUUGGAUAUCAUGUUUUUCCCAGUUACUUUUCUGGUGCUAUUACGGCAAUCAGUUCACUUCCUUGGUGAGUAAUUUUACUGCAAAUACUUUGACGUACAACCAGUGGAUGUCCGGAUGGGAGUAUGUAUUUGAAAAAAAUAAAAAUAUUGAAUUGAGAAAUCUUGUCACUAUUUCGAUGAUACCUUCACUACGACCAUUAGAAUUCAAAGCUGUUGGACUUUUUGUUUUAUCAAUGCCAACGUUUCUUGUCGUUGUUCAAAGCGAAGAAAGAAACUCUGAAUAUAUGCUACAAAAUGUAUUUUUAAAGCACUUGCGUGUAUUCUACUUUUCACCCUCGAGCGUUUACGCGGUGAAAAUAAAAAAUUAA